GGACUCUCCGAGGGCAGGGGGCGGGGCUGUAUUUCCCGACUGCCCUGCGGUAGGGGCUUCUAGCGUGCGAGCUCGUUAUGUUGCGUCUGGCUCGCCCGCUCUGCGUGCAGACUGUGAAGGCCAGCAAACUUUCCCGCCUUUGGAGUAGGCCUGCCGCCCUUAUGUCUACUCUGCUGAUCCAUCAUCCCCAGUAUGCCUGGCUGCAAGACCUGGGUCUCCGCGAAGAUAACGAGGGCGUGUUUAAUGGAAGCUGGGGCGGCCGGGGAGAGGUAAUUACGACCUAUUGUCCUGCUAACAAUGAGCCAAUAGCAAGAGUCCGACAGGCCAGCAUGAAAGACUAUGAAGAGACUAUAGGGAAAGCCAAGAAAGCUUGGAACAUCUGGGCAGAUAUUCCUGCCCCAAAGCGAGGAGAAAUAGUCAGAAAGAUUGGCGAUGCCUUGCGGGAGAAGAUCCAAUUACUGGGAAGACUGGUGUCUUUGGAGAUGGGGAAAAUCUUAGUGGAAGGAAUAGGGGAGGUUCAGGAGUACGUGGACGUCUGCGAUUAUGCUGCCGGCUUGUCGAGGAUGAUCGGGGGACCCACCUUGCCCUCUGAAAGACCCGGCCAUGCUCUCAUGGAACAGUGGAAUCCGUUAGGCCUGGUGGGAAUCAUCACUGCCUUCAACUUCCCUGUGGCUGUGUUUGGCUGGAACAAUGCCAUAGCUCUGAUCACAGGCAACGUCUGCCUUUGGAAAGGAGCACCAACAACUUCCCUCGUUAGUAUAGCUGUCACAAAGAUCAUAGCCAAGGUUUUGGAGGACAACCUGCUGCCUGGUGCCAUUUGCUCCCUGACCUGUGGUGGAGCAGAUAUGGGCACAGCAAUGGCCAGAGAUGAGCGUGUGAACCUGCUGUCGUUCACUGGGAGCACUCAGGUGGGGAAGCAGGUGGCCCUCAUGGUGCAGGAGAGGUUUGGGAAAAGCUUGUUGGAGCUCGGAGGAAACAAUGCCAUCAUUGCUUUCGAGGACGCCGACCUCAGCUUGGUUCUUCCCUCCGCUCUGUUUGCCGCCGUGGGAACAGCCGGCCAGAGGUGUACCACUGUGAGGCGACUGUUUUUGCACGAAAGCAUCCAUGAUGAAGUUGUAGACAGACUGAAAAAUGCCUACUCACAGAUCCGUGUCGGGAACCCCUGGGACCCCAAUAUCCUCUAUGGACCGCUCCACACCAAACAGGCGGUGAGCAUGUUUGUGCAAGCCGUGGAAGAAGCAAAGAAAGAAGGAGGCACGGUGGUCUAUGGGGGCAAGGUCAUGGACCACCCUGGCAAUUAUGUGGAACCCACCAUUGUGACUGGUCUUGUCCAUGAUGCGCCCAUUGUUCACAAGGAGACUUUUGCCCCAAUUCUCUAUGUCUUCAAAUUCAAGAAUGAAGAAGAGGUCUUUGAAUGGAACAAUGAAGUAAAACAGGGACUUUCGAGUAGUAUCUUUACCAAGGAUCUGGGCAGAAUCUUCCGCUGGCUUGGACCUAAGGGUUCAGACUGUGGCAUUGUGAACGUCAAUAUUCCUACCAGCGGGGCUGAGAUCGGCGGUGCGUUUGGAGGCGAGAAGCACACGGGCGGUGGCAGGGAAUCUGGCAGCGAUGCCUGGAAGCAGUACAUGCGGAGAUCUACGUGUACCAUCAACUACAGCACGGCCCUCCCUCUGGCUCAAGGUAUCAAGUUUCAGUGAUACUGGUUGGUCACUUAGCCAUUCCUGUGACUGCUCUGAAGACGCCCAAGAGGACUCUGACUUUCCCGGAAUAAAUGAUCGAUUUGAGUACAGCAGUGCCUACUCUCCAGUGAUCAAACCCCUGACUAAAUCAAGAUAUAUCCAUUUAUCAAGAAUUGAAAAUUAAAUAUUUACAACCUAGCUACAUUUAGCAAAAG